UUAAUUGUCUUUGGAUGGUCAGACGAGUGAUAUGUCAUAUCAACAACAUUUCCACUGUAAUUUUUUGUUGUCCAACAAAGUUAUUUAGAAUGUUCACGGCUGUAUUUUAUUAUGGAAAGCUACCAACCCGAAUAUGACAAGAACGGAUUAUUGUCUGAUACGUUCUGGAAGACACCACAGCGCGCGAUCCCGGGCAGGCCUUUUCAGACGGUCAAACGGACCGAGGUUAUGUCUGGGUCAUCGUAUCAACAGUUUCAGGCGUCAGUGAACGACGCCUGGGACCUGGGCGACGACGACAUCAUAUCUGGAAUCGCUGAAACUAAAAUAUCCAAGGCCAUAUCACAAACUGCUGCUUUGAACGUGAUAAAUUCGCAUAGGAAUAGUAGUAGGAACGUAAACAAAAAUGACGUAAAAGUUGAGAGUGAGAUUGUGAAGCCGAAGGCUGAGGCAGUGGAGGUGAAGAAGAAUGAGGUCCGGAGGGUGGGUGCGGGGAGCUCAGGGCCCAUGCGGCACUACCCAGGGCGGCCUCGGCCAGUGAGGCUGUCGGCGCUGACCUCCCGCGAAGAGAGCAGCGAGUCCAAGCUCGAAAGGUUCCAGCAGAUGCACGACAGUACUGUUAUAGACUUGGAUGACCUCAAACAGAUCAGUUGGUCUGGCAUUCCAGUAAAAGCUAGGGCCAUAACAUGGCGUCUUCUUGCUGGCUACCUGCCUCCUAACGCAGAACGUCGCGUCGAGACUCUGGAGCGGAAGAGAGCAGACUACAAACACCUAGUGAAGCAAUAUUAUGAUGCGGAACGAGAUGAUGAUACUUACAGACAGAUACAUAUAGACAUACCUCGCAUGAGCCCGCUUGUGGCUUUGUUUCAACAGAUUACUGUGCAGGUUAUGUUUGAGCGCAUCCUCUACAUCUGGGCGAUCAGGCACCCAGCAUCAGGCUAUGUGCAAGGGAUCAAUGACCUGGUCACACCAUUCUUCAUGGUGUUCUUACAAGAAGCCGCUCCAGGCCAGGAGUUAGACAACUUCCCUCUUGACAAGCUGACGGAGGAACAGAGGGAUAUAAUAGAAGCUGAUUCCUUCUGGUGCCUCUCCAAGUUCCUGGACAGCAUUCAGGAUAACUACAUAUUUGCUCAACUUGGUAUUCAACACAAGGUGAAUCAGCUCAAGGAGCUCAUACGUCGCAUAGACUUACCCCUUCACGAGCACUUACAGACUCACGGCGUAGACUACUUACAGUUCUCAUUCAGGUGGAUGAACAACCUGCUAACUAGGGAGAUUCCCCUUCCAUGUACCAUCCGUCUGUGGGACACAUACCUCGCAGAAUCUGACGGGUUCGCCACCUUCCAACUCUACGUCUGUGCCGCCUUCCUACUCCACUGGCGGGAAAAACUCAUGCUCGAAAGAGAUUUCCAAGGCCUCAUGAUACUCCUACAGAACGUGCCCACACAGAACUGGACCGACUCUAAUAUAAGUGUACUGGUAGCUGAAGCUUAUAGGCUUAAAUUCGCAUUCGCGGACGCGCCGAACCAUUUACACAACGCGGGAAAGUCGGACAGAUGACCUGGGCGGUAGUCUGGUGAUACCUGGCACAGUCGCGGAACGAUGUCUAUAGGGGAGUCUGUCAAAAAAACGUGAGGGUUUAAAAAAAUGCUAGAAGUUCUACCGGUUUUGAGAUCAAGCUUAUACGCCACGGAACUUACAUGCUAUAUAUUUAUCUACCACGUGGUAUGGCUGCUAGAAAUACGAAUUAAAUGUUGUCUUCGUAUCGAUAUGCUGUGGUGAAAAAAGUGAAUAAAAUACAAAAAAAAAGUUGUUUAACACACGCAUACAGCUACGACCAUAUUAGGCUAGGAUUACAAUGUAUGAGAAUUUUUGGAGAAAUAUCUCUGUUGUGUAUAGACUUCUUUCCGUGACGAUGUGACGACUAUGUUGGCAUUGUCUAUGCUUGUAUACCAAUGUAGAGGUUUCGCAGUGUAAGGCGUACAUACAAUGCAAAGUGAGAAUGUCAAGCCGACUGUGUGUGAUCAGGGUAAAAGGUUUCCAUUGCUUCCGCGUCUGAAGCUAAACUAUGAAAUACGAUGAUACUUUGGUGCUUAGUCAAGAAUAUGCGAUUCAUUCAAACAAAUCCCGAUCUUAGCUUAAUAGUUCAAGCUAUUUAGUUCAAUGUUGUAACAACAUAUGUAUGUGUCUUGGAGUGUAAAGUGUCGUAAUACUAGAUAAUACAAGGGAUAUUUUGUUAUAUAUGUUAAAUGUACUCAAAUAUGUGACUACUUGAAGGGCUUUAAUACUUAAAUAUUGGAUGAAUAUCGAUUGUAGCCGAGUUAGUUUCUCGACAUCGAUAUUUUUUCGUAGUAAAAAGUGUGAUGUUGUAAAUAUCAGCGAGAAAACACUACAUUACCUUUAACUAGAUGACAGUUUGACUAUUCGAAUGGAAGUUAUAGACAUUCUCAAUAUCGAUGUUUUUACCGACAUCGUGUUUCAUAGUUUAGUACAAGACAAUGCAUACCCACUCCCUAGAUUUUAUAGUUGGCAAUCAACACGCCAUAUUAAUUGUUUUGCUAUAUAACGGCCUAAUGGAUUUAGUUAAUACGAUGGUGGAGCGACUCGAUAAUAUUCGAUAUUUUGUGCACAACACUAUAAAUGUCUCCGAAAAAAAAAGAUUAUUUAAAGACGUUGAUUUAGGUGAAUAGAAAUGAUGCUAAGAUUUAGUCUCGAAUGUGAAAUAUUUUAUUCGUCAAUACUAUAUAAAUAAUGUAAAACAGUCAAUCUAUAAGGUGCAAUGGUAGCAAAGACAUCGGCAUACAAGUUCGAUAUUCCAGGAUAAAACUUGGUUUUAGAGAUUAUAACAAGCAUAGUAUGUAGUCAUUUAAUUGGUCCCGUAUGCUCCAUGAUUAUCGGAGACUUCUCUAGUGUUGUGUAAGAAUGUAUUAUUUAAUUAUAUAAUGUUAUUCUGUGUCGCUCACCAAUACAUUAUGUUAAAGGGCAGCUGAUUGCUGGAAUAGGCGGAUUGCACCAUGCGUCACUUAACUAUAGUGAUUGAAACUGCGUUUACACUAACCAGUAGAAGCCGCAGUUUAAAUAAGGGAUCAUCUAGGUACGUUAGUGUCGUUAGUUCAUAUUAAUUUAAUUGAGAAUAAAUCUCAAGUCUUAUUAAAAGACCUGCAAUUAGCUACUGUUAUAUAAUAGUAUUUAAGUUCAUGAGCAGGUUGUUUUUAGUUUAUUUCGUAGUAGUAAUAGAUUUUCGGGGUCAAUAAUGUUCAAUAAAUAAAUUGAUAUAACGUGUAACAUAUCCACCGAUUUAAACACCCGUUAAGUGCGUGAUAACCAUGGUGCGAUCCGCCCCAUGUAAAAUACUUUGUUUGAUUUAUUUUUUGUUUUUUGUGACCUCCAUUUAUGUACUAUUUGAUUUUAUUACUACGUUAUUUUACUUAGAUUAUUAUAGCAUUAUACAUUAUAUAUUUACGAA